AUGGAGGCAGUUAAAGAGAAAAUGAAAGAAGAUAAACAAAUGUCAAACCUCGAUGUUGUUAGCUAUAGCAUGUCAGAAAGUUGUAGGUGUAAUGAAUUGGAAGAGAGAAGCAAGAUAGCUGAAAUGAGGUGUGCUGAGUUAGAAUUUAAGCUUCAAAAGAAAGAUGAGCAAUGUGAAGCACUUGAGGCUAAACUCUGCGCACUUGAAGGUGAGGUGGAGGUUUUGAGGGUGUCUAGUGAAUGCCUUAAGGAGAAAAAAGUUGCCAUUGUAAAAAAGGGAGAGGUGGACACAGCUAUUGAUUUGACAGAUGAUAAUGAGGUUGAACAACUAAUGAUUGAAAACAGUGUUUUGGAAUGUGAGAAGAAAACGGCUGAGAGUGAGGUUCAGGUCUGGAAAGACAAGUACCGGAAACUGGAAUCAUGGGCCUCACAGUUGAAGCUGGAAAGUGGCAGUUAUUACCAUGAAGAAAAUGGAAAGGAGGAAAGUAAUGUGAUUAGGACUGGUAGUAGUUCGCAUCUAGAACCAAUUAUAGAUUCUAAAGUGCUAUGUGUUGAGAGAGUUAAAAGACAAUUGACUUUUGAGAUUGGAGAGAGUCCCAGCAAAAGGAUGGCUCCAUCUACACCCUUUGUUGCAAAGUCUGCUUCUGUUGUUGUAAUUGAUAUCGUUGACAGUGAUGAUGAACCCAUUAUUGCCCAACACCCUGUGCUAGAUAGUCACGGUAGCAGAAAUAUUUUGGUUUCAUCAUGUUUUGCUACAGAAAAUGCAAAGAUGUCUAGCAGUUAUCCCCAAAACAAUGAGGAAGAUAGGAAUUCUGGUGAAGAUUUACCUUUUGUGGUAACACCCAAGAGAAAACGAAAUUGUAAUGUUGUGACAAGUGAGUCAGAACGUGAUGAUGAUGACGAUGUUCCAAAUUGUAAAUUUGAGAGGAUGCAUAUUCAGGAAGGAAGUCCUGAUAAAGUCAGAUGUGACACAAAUAACUCAGUGGCUGCUUCUACUUCUGCAGACUACAAGGUUACAGGCACUGUAACACCUAAGCAGCGUCUAAUGCCACUGAGAAAAUUGGCUAAAAAAGGUCAAGAAGGAGCUGAUACAUCUAGCAAGGCCAAACAUCAGCUAAGUAAUCCGACGGAUGAUGAUAAUGUAUCUCAAGACGAUUUGUCAGACUGUGAAGAUGAAAGUUUGAAUGAUUUUAUUGUUGAUGAUUUUGAUGAAUUGUCUUGUGAUGAUGAUACAUCUAGCAAAUCAGAAGAUGUACCAGAUAAUCACAUGGAUGAUUCACGAGAUGUAUCUGAUGAGGACAUGAACUUCAGUAAGAUAAUAUCACAAAUUCACAGGAGGAAAGACCACAUGGAGUGGGAAUUUGAGGCUGACAUGCUUUCAGCUUUUGGGAAAGAUUCUCAAUUGUGUAUGAAGGCCGUGUGUGCUCUUUAUCGGCAGCAAACUUCUGAGGAACAGAUGAGCAGGGGAACAUUGUAUACCAACCAGCGAGGAUUCAGCAAGUUUGAUGCUCACAGAGGCAGCACUUUGGCCGAGUUCCUAACUCAUGGAGAUCCUGGUGGUGGUUUGAAAAAGUCUGUCAAGGAAUUGCAAGAGCAUGACCCUAUGGCAGUUGAACUGUGCAGAAACUUUGCCAUUCGCUACUCAAAGCAACUAUAUCAGAUCUACAAAAACAAAGAGAAUCCUUUCUUUCCUUAA